AUGGUAUGGGGAUUAGAGCGGAAGAAGCGGCCAAAGCCACCAAACCACCCCGUGCCAUACAACACGCUCGCCGGCGACGGAGGGGACAGGACCGGCCUUGCAGGGUCGCCGUCGCUGUGCCCAACCGCCAAGAAGCGGCCCGCCUGGCCCCUCAAGGUCGCGCUCCCGGCUUCGGUCAAGGCGGCUGUGAUGGGUGCAUCGCCCCCAGGGAUGCAUAAGGGUGUGGACAGCAUCACUUCAGGCAGCAGUCUUGGGUGGUCAUUUCCUCUGUCUGUCUUUGUGCUGCUGCUCUUCGCCACUGCCGAAGCGGGCAGUCCGUUUGGGCCGGCCAUGAAGGCUUUGAACCAGACCCUGGACAUUCAGAAGAUCCGGGACAUCACCUGGGAGCGCUACCUGCUGCUCCUGUCCACGCCACAGGUGCCCGAGAGGUACCUUCCAGAGGCACCGCAAGCAUGGCUUCUGGCCUUCCAGAAAUGGGGCGACUCCGUGCGCAAGUACGCCGUGCGAAACUGCGGCUCCCGCUUCGACGCUGUGCGCUACGACGAGCUGCGACUGCGGCCGGAUCCCCUCAUGUUUCCCGGCUCGGUGUUCGUCAACUCCGCCAUCAAAGUCUUCAGGAACAUCGAGGAGCCAAUCAAGGUAGAGAUCAACAUGAAGAAAAAGGUCUACCUCUGGGUGACCGUUCCUUGCGUGAACGACUUCGGCUCGUGUGACUACGAGAACAUCUGCACGGCCGGCGACUGUCCACUGUUCUACGAAGUCCUGGGUCUCCCCUGCGGUUGUCCCAUCAAAGAGGGAAAUUACGAGGUACACGAUAAGGAGUUUGUGGUGCCUGCACUAACGCUGCCAGACUGGCUGACCUCCGGUGACUACCAGGUGACCGUCAAGGCCAAGAGCGACGGUGAUCACCUCUUCUGCGUACACUUCACCCUUUCCAUUCGGUGA